GAUAUCUGGUCGACCGUGAGCGCAAUACAACUUCUCGAUAGAAUUUCUUGUAAAAGAUCUUCUCGACGUACGGUGCUUCUUAUUGGCUCAGCAUGGCGAUUAUGUACAAGUGUUGCUGCUGCAGUGUUAGGGCUGGCUCCCUUGUGGUAGCUGUCUGGUCACUGAUAAGUGGAGGAUGUUCCGCUAUUCAGAGCUGCGCAGCCAUUGCUUCAACAUACGCAUCGGUUGGUGUAAGAGUUGUGCAGGGACUGGCACUUUCUAUCAAUGUGCUGCUUUGUUUGGCUGCAAUAUUGCUUAUCGUAGGGGUUGUACAGAAUACCAAAGGAAUGUUGAUUCCAUUCAUAGUCUGCCAGAUCGUGUUCAUCCUGUUCUUUGGUGGUCUUGCAAUUGCAGUCAUCGUUUAUCUCUGUGUUGGGGGUGAAUUCAACUAUUUGAACUUGGAGCCUCCUCUUGAUGUGGACCCCGCGGAAUGGGCUGCGCUCGUCAAGGCUGUUUACAUCAGUGCGGUCAUAAUCUACGCCCUGCUCGAGAUGAUUCAGUUGCUGUGUCUUUUCUGUGUGGUUUCGCAAUAUCAAGAGCUUCGAGAUGGGCGUGGUCGAGGGCUUCCACCACCAGGCACUACAAUCAUUAUUCAGCAACAACACAGUGGGAUUAACACCGAUAUGGGAGGCUACGUAGCACCGACCUACAAUCCAGCUGUUGCACCUGCCGUCCAAACGCACCCGCCGACCCUUGGUGACCAGACCGCCUACUACUCUAAGCCUUAAAUGAUAAACCAUCAACGUACGAGUUCAAAUCAAGGAUGUCAUUAACAAAAUAAUAUCUGCCAUUUUUAUAGUGAUUUCUCAGCAGAAGAUUUUUAGUAUAUAAAACUGCUCGUUGUAGUAUAAAAUAAAGAAACUGACAAAUAAUCAAAUCGCAAUGCGACGGGUAUCUUUCAGAAGCCAUGAUGCAAUGAGAAUCCACUGUGACCGCUAUACAAACUCUACUCUUGGGUCAGGUUCAAUCAGAAUCCCACAGCGGAAAUCGUUUACCUUUAGUAAGAGUAAAACAGAAAUUAAUGCAAACAAAAUUGUGAAGUUAACUUUUUAUCAAGCUUGUAACCGUUUGACAACACUCACUUGGGGAGUACUCCAAUAAUUAAGUUAUCUAAAUAAGUUCAAUUGAAUUAAAGGCACUGUCAGGGGUCGAUUUCACAAAGAGUUAUAACUUAGAAAUAUUA